CGCCCGCCCGUUGAGUGCGAGGAGCGCGGGCGAGCGCGUGCGAGGGCAGGGCAGGGCCGGGCCGGGCCGGGCGGCGGGAGCGCAGCGGGCACCGCCGGCACCCCCAUCCCGCUCCGCGCCGGAGCCGCCAGCAGCGGCAGCAGCAUCAGCAGCAGCUCCUCGGACAGCGGCUUCUCCCGCGCCCGCCGCGGGGCUCUUCUCGUUCCUUCCCUCCCGUGGCUCGCUUGCUCCCGCCGGCCGCUCGCCCGGAGCGCACGGGAUCUAAUUUGCUGACGAGCGCGCUCCGCGGAGGAGGAGGAGGAAGAAGAAGAAGGAAGGGCUGUUUUCCGUGGCUUUGUGGAUGCUCUACUUUUCCUGGAAAUGCAAAAGAUUAUGCAUAUUUCUGUCUUCCUGGCUCCUGUGUUGUGGGGACUGAUCUGGGGGGUCAAUUCUAACAGCAUACAGAUCGGGGGGCUGUUCCCGAGGGGCGCCGAUCAGGAGUACAGCGCGUUUCGGGUAGGGAUGGUUCAGUAUUCCACCUCGGAGUUCAGGCUGACUCCGCACAUCGACAACCUGGAGGUGGCCAACAGCUUCGCCGUCACCAACGCCUUUUGCUCCCAGUUUUCAAGAGGAGUCUUUGCUAUUUUUGGAUUCUAUGACAAGAAGUCUGUAAAUACCAUAACAUCAUUCUGUGGGACUCUUCAUGUCUCCUUCAUAACUCCCAGCUUCCCAACAGAUGGAACACAUCCCUUUGUCAUUCAGAUGAGACCUGACCUCAAGGGAGCUCUUCUUAGCUUGAUUGAGUACUAUCAGUGGACCAAGUUUGCAUAUUUGUAUGACAGUGACAGAGGCUUAUCAACAUUGCAAGCUGUGCUGGAUUCUGCUGCUGAAAAGAAAUGGCAAGUGACUGCUAUCAAUGUAGGAAAUAUUAACAAUGAGAGAAAAGAUGAAACUUACCGUUCACUGUUUCAAGACCUAGAGGUAAAAAAGGAAAGACGAGUGAUUUUGGACUGUGAGCGCGAUAAAGUCAACGACAUUGUUGAUCAGGUUAUCACAAUUGGUAAACAUGUUAAAGGAUACCACUAUAUCAUUGCAAAUCUGGGAUUUACUGAUGGAGAUUUGUCAAAAAUUCAGUUUGGAGGAGCUAAUGUCUCAGGAUUUCAGAUAGUUGACUAUGAUGAUCCCGUGGUGUCAAAAUUUAUACAACGUUGGUCAACACUGGAGGAAAAAGAAUAUCCUGGUGCACACACUAGUACAAUCAAGUAUACCUCUGCUCUGACCUAUGAUGCUGUUCAAGUGAUGACAGAAGCUUUCCGGAAUUUACGUAAACAGAGGAUUGAGAUCUCCAGAAGAGGAAAUGCUGGAGAUUGUCUUGCAAAUCCAGCUGUACCCUGGGGUCAUGGUGUAGAAAUAGAAAGGGCAUUGAAACAGGUUCAGGUGGAAGGGCUUACAGGAAAUAUCAAGUUUGAUCAGAAUGGAAAGAGAAUCAAUUUUACAAUAAACGUCAUGGAGCUCAAAAGUACUGGUCCUCGGAAGAUUGGAUAUUGGAGUGAAGUGGACAAAAUGGUUGUGAAUCCUCUUGAUGGCCCUCUUGGAAAUGAGUCUUCAGGACUAGAGAAUAAAACUAUUAUUGUCACCACUAUUUUGGAGUCCCCAUAUGUCAUGAUGAAGAAAAAUCACGAAAUGCUUGAAGGAAAUGAUCGAUAUGAGGGCUAUUGUGUGGACUUAGCUACAGAAAUUGCUAAACACUGUGGAUUCAAAUAUAAGCUCACAAUUGUUGGGGAUGGCAAGUAUGGGGCAAGGGAUGCAGACACGAAAAUCUGGAAUGGGAUGGUUGGAGAACUUGUUUAUGGGAAAGCCGAUAUUGCAAUCGCUCCAUUAACUAUAACAUUGGUGAGAGAAGAGGUGAUUGACUUCUCAAAGCCCUUUAUGAGCCUGGGGAUAUCAAUAAUGAUCAAGAAGCCUCAGAAGUCCAAGCCAGGAGUGUUUUCAUUUCUUGAUCCGUUAGCAUAUGAAAUCUGGAUGUGCAUUGUUUUUGCCUACAUUGGGGUCAGUGUAGUUUUAUUCCUGGUCAGCAGAUUUAGCCCAUACGAGUGGCACACUGAGGAAUUUGAAGAUGGAAGAGAAACGCAAACUAAUGAAUCAACUAAUGAAUUUGGGAUAUUUAAUAGUCUCUGGUUUUCCCUGGGUGCCUUUAUGCAGCAAGGAUGCGAUAUUUCGCCAAGGUCCCUGUCGGGGCGCAUUGUUGGAGGUGUGUGGUGGUUCUUUACCCUCAUCAUCAUCUCCUCCUACACGGCUAACUUAGCUGCCUUCCUGACCGUGGAGAGGAUGGUGUCUCCCAUUGAAAGUGCUGAGGAUCUUUCCAAGCAAACAGAAAUUGCUUAUGGGACAUUAGAUUCUGGCUCCACUAAAGAGUUUUUUAGGAGAUCUAAAAUUGCAGUAUUUGAUAAAAUGUGGACCUAUAUGAAAAGUGCAGAGCCAUCUGUGUUUGUGAGGACUACAGCAGAAGGGGUAGCUCGAGUACGGAAGUCCAAAGGAAAAUAUGCCUACUUGCUGGAGUCAACCAUGAAUGAGUACAUCGAACAAAGGAAACCCUGUGACACCAUGAAAGUUGGUGGGAAUUUGGAUUCCAAAGGCUACGGCAUCGCCACACCUAAAGGAUCUUCAUUAAGAAAUGCGGUUAACCUCGCAGUACUAAAACUGAAUGAACAAGGCCUGUUGGACAAAUUGAAAAACAAAUGGUGGUACGACAAAGGAGAGUGCGGCAGCGGGGGAGGUGAUUCCAAGGAGAAGACCAGUGCCCUCAGUCUGAGCAACGUAGCGGGAGUAUUCUACAUUCUCGUCGGGGGACUUGGUUUGGCCAUGCUCGUGGCUUUGAUUGAGUUUUGUUACAAGUCAAGAGCUGAGGCGAAACGAAUGAAGGUGGCAAAGAAUGCACAGAAUAUUAACCCAACUUCCUCACAGAACUCGCAGAAUUUUGCAACUUACAAGGAAGGUUACAACGUAUAUGGAAUCGAAAGUGUUAAAAUUUAGGGGGUAGGAAUGAGGUUCUAAUACAAACUUCUAAAUGCACGCUGUAGCUUCAUUGUUGUGUCCUUAAGCUGUUGAAUGAGGAAGUUGGCCAAGGGACCAUGGUGUAUGUAUUGCUGUUCUUUAUGUUGCUGGUCAGUAACUAACUGAAUGACCUGUUACUGACUGAAUGUGGGUUGUCCUGGCAUAGAUGUGCGUGACAAUUGUAGUGCAGCUUUUGCUUAAGUGUCUGUCUUCAUUUGCUAAAGGCUGUUUAAGAAACUGCAAAAAGAUCUGAUUCUCCUCUCACUUACUCUAGAGUAAGUCAAGAGUAACCUCAUUGAAGCCAAUGAAGUUACACUGGUGCCAGCCAAACGUAAGCAAGAAGAGAAUCAGGCCCUCUGUCUGAAACACUGAAUUUCUGUAAUGUAUUAUUUUAUUUUUCUUUCUCUUUCCUAAGAUGACCUUGAAUGAUGCCAUGAGGAGCAAGGCAAGGCUGUCAAUUACAGGAAGUACUGGAGAAAAUGGACGUGUUAUGACUCCAGAAUUUCCAAAAGCAGUGCAUGCAGUACCUUACGUGAGUCCUGGCAUGGGAAUGAAUGUCAGUGUGACUGAUCUCUCGUGAUUGAUAAGAACCUUUUGAGUGCCUUACACAAUGGUUUCCUUGUGCGUUUAUUGUCAAAGUGGUGAGAGGCAUCCAGUAUCUUGAAGACUUUUCUUUCAGCCAAGAAAAAAAUUCUUGUAUUUGUGGAGUUCAUCUUGGAUUGUAAUGAAUGCUUGGUUCAAAACACAACACCAUUUUCUACACAAGUUCAAGAUGAAGCUUGACUGACAUGCACAGCUAACAUGGAAGUACUGUAAUCUAACUGAAGUCGUUGUACAGGCAACACACCAGUUUCUGCAGCCACUGUUGUUAGUCCCUUGGUUCAUAUUGACUUAAGCACACUUGACAUCAAUUGCAUCAAGAUGUGACAUGUUUUAUAAGAAAAAAAAAAGUAUAAAAUGAAAAAAAUAUUUUUAGGUAUUUUCACAAACAAAAACUGGCUUUUAAAUAAAUUUGCUUCCAUAAUGGUUGGAUAUGACAAAAGAAAAAAAAAUAAGAAAAAAAAGAAAAAAAUCUAGACUACGGGGAAGUGGAAUAUGAAAAUAAGGCUUAAGGCAUCAGUUCCGUAUUUUUCAAAGCCAAAUAUGUAAUGUUGAGAAGAGAAGAAAUAAUGAUUGAAAGGUUCAAAUCUUGUAAUUUAAUAUUGUUAUUAAAACUUUGCUGUAUAUCCUAUUCUUUAACAUUUGGUGUUAAUAUAAAAUUUACUUGGCAAUGCUUGACAUUUGAAAUAAACUUUUUUCUAUGGUUUUAUUUGCAAGUGUUCCAUUAAUUUUACUAGCUACAGUUGGGUUAUAAAGAGUCUGAAAUCUAAAAGGACACUGUCAAGGUUGGGUCAAUGUUUCAGUUUUUGGCAGUGUCGCCACUUCCAGCUCACUCAAAUCUGUUCAAUAGUUUUUUCUGCAGAUGAGCCCAAGCUGUGAUGCUCAGAUACGCUCAUUGAACUCUGAAGAUCAAGGUUGUUCUGGGUUGGAGCAGUACUUGAUACUGGCACAUGAGGAUGGGUGCUGUUUUAGAGCUCCUCUUAACUCUGACAUGCAGAGACUUAAUGAUCCAAAGAUUUGGUUGAAACCUAUCUCUACUUUUGUACAGUUGAGUUCAUAAGUACGUGUACAGAGAGAGAAGAGUAUUGAUAAAAGCUGAUAAAUGGCAAGCAGUAAAAAGUGUUAAGUAUUUUUUUUAAAGAAUGAAAAAAAAAAGAGUUUCAAAUUGUUUCGUUAAGGAAGCAGUUUUCAAACUGUUAAAAGGUAAUUCUAAGCAGUAGCUAGUGAAGCUUUUGUGAAAAGAAAAACCCAAAACCUUGGCAAUGUCUUUUUGAAUUGAGAUUGAUAACUCGAAUUAGAUGCGAGUCUGUACUGAUGAAAACUUUCCUGAAUCUUAAUCAUUAUGAGUAUUCUUUGCUAGCUGAAGUUACCAUACUUUUUAAUUGUGUGUAUUUAAAAACAAUAACUACUUAAAAAGCAAAAAGGAAUCCUAGGAGGGGUGCAAUAAUAUUAAUUUAAAUGCUAAUGCAAAUCAAAGUAACAUCGUGUUUCUCUAGCUUUCCCUGUAGAUACAAUUCUGUACAUUUGGUUGAAAAGCUUACAUUUUUCUGCAUUGUGGAUACCUUGCCUCAUGCAGUAUUGGUAAAUCUCUUUUAUUUUGGAAUUAAAUAAAAAUUUAAAUAUGACUUGCAGUUUUAGUUGGAAUCAAUUUCUUAGACUCAAGUAUAAUGUUUGCUGAGCAUUGGAGAAGGCAGAGCAUUUAUUGGAAACUUGAAGUCCCUUCUCAUGGCACAAACUCUGAGCCUGUUUCUGCAAGCAUGUGAACACAGUGUAUACUCUCAGUGUGGCCAGCAAAAGAGGUGUAUACAGUGUUUUCAAUGUCUGUCUUACCAAUACUUCCCCCCAGUUGAGCUAAAUCAUUUCUUGGCACAUCUCUAAUUCAUAGGUGUUCUGUGCAUUACUCCUCAUCAGGAAUGUUGGGGAAUGCAUUCGAAUUUUUAAUGUUCAAUGCUAGAAUGACCAAACUAAAAUAAUAUUCAUAUGGUAAUUAAUUUUUUUUAAAAAGUAGAAAUGCAUUACUGUAUACAGUGGAAAGCUAUUUAUUGUACCUCUGGGCUCAUUCCUCUAAAAAUCAUAGCAUAAAAAAAUCUUUGUCAAGCCUGAACUGAUGUAUAUAACUGAAAUAAUGUAAAGUUAUAUUUUCAUGUUUUUAUACUUAACAACAUGAUGGGAAUACAUAAUGUAUGAGUAUUUCAAUUCAGAUAAUAUUGAUUGGAUAAUACACAUCUCAGUUAAAAAAAACAGUAAUAGUAGUUUAAUAUCCAUGUUAAGAGUACAUCAGUAUAUUGCUAUAUAAAGUAUGUCUGUGUGCAUUUAAGUGAAAAGUAGUCAAGAGUGAUGAAAGCUGUCCAAGGGUUUUUUAUUCCUUUUUUUAUGAAAACUGUUAUGGAGCAACCAAAAUGUUUAUGAACUCAAACUUGUGUAAAUUUCAAAAUGUCCUUUUACUGUAGCUUUUUGUUUACAGUACAGUAUCUUAUUUUCUGCUUUGUUAAAUGAGUAACAGUACAGAGCUGGACAUACACUUUCUAAGACAUUAACGUUCUCGUUUUUUCAUGUAUACUUAUAUGACAGAAAAUGCUUCUGAUUUUAUUUUUCAAUCUAACACAUGGCUUUUCUGGAGUGUUGUAUAAACUUCAAUCAUACAUAAAAAAUCUUCUUAAAAAAGGUAAAA